GUUGCUUAUUGCAUAGGUAUAAAUCCUAGCGAUAUUCUAGUGAUAACUGUCAAUGUUUUACGAGUCAGCUUACUGUUAUUUAAAAUUUUAAUAGAAAUAUAUUUCAGAAUUUUUUUUUUCUGCAAUAAUAAUUUUAAAAAAAUGCAAAAUAAAUGUAAAAUUAAUACAAAUAAUCAUAAUAUAAUAGUAACAUACUUUUUAAUUUCUUACUGCACAUCUAAACAUCUAACAUUCCGUAUUAGUGUAUUACACAAAAUGGAUGGUGAUAUUACAGGUGGUCACGACCUCAAAAAGAUUGAAGACCUAACCUAACCUGAUAUAAAGUACUCUCUGAACUGUACUCAUCCCUGUCACUGUGUAACAUAGAUAACCGCGGUCGCGGUUACGUGCAUAGAUAAUCAAACUCGCCGAUUGUAGUGGGGAACAAUAUAAGUAGGAGCUAUCAGGCAUUCAGCUUGGCAAUUGGCGUCGCACGUGGAACAUUUAGUUUCUAUGGAUUAAACUAAGUACAGACUACUGGCGGACGGCCGCUAAUCCACUGAACCGCACUAGUGAGUAUAUUCUAUCUUUGAUAUUGUCGUUAAACGUUUUCGUUCGUUUUUCAACGGAUUAGUGUCGUCUCGUUCGCAUUGUAAUUAUCAUAACUAUUUAUUAUCUAUUCACUACCAAUCGUUUUCAGACAAUUAUAUAGGAAUAAUUAUUAGAAACAUAGACUAAUACGAUAUCUUAGUCUGUUAUUAUUGAAGUAUGUAGGUAUUUCGGUACCUGUAAUACACAACUACUUACGUAAAGUAUUAAGUAUGACAUUAUAUUAAUUUUAGAUUAGAAUACUUCGGCAGUUUGUAGAUAAUAAGUAUAAUUAAGUAAAAUAUUUAUUGAAUUUUUCAAGUUUAAAUGUAUAUUGACUGGAAAUUAAAAAUUGAUGGUAGUUUAUAAUAAGUAAAUAGUUUUUAGUUGUUAAUAUUUGUUUUAAAAAUGCUUUGAAAAAAUAUAAAUUCUAAUCUCUACUUAAUGUUAUUUUUAAAAUUGUUUAUAACUUGUAUGUAUCUGAUAAUAUUUAAAAUUUACAUUUAGUCAUAAUUACGUUUAAUAGGUGUAGGUAAUGAUCUGACCCGUUUAAAUAGUGCACAAGUACUAGGUAACCACUUAGAACAGAUUUAAAAUGUUGUGCAGUUUCGACAAUAUUUAUAUUAUAAUAGCAAGAAGAAUAAUGAGUCAAAACCAUUAUACAUAUUAUGUACCCAUAUAUAAAUCAAGAAUAUAUUAUGAAAUAUGCAAAAAAGAGCUUUAUGUUAAAAUAUUAUUCUCCUCGAAACUUGUUUCUUUAUAUCGGUACUCAAAUUUAUCAGAAAAAAGUAUUUAAAUUUAGAAAAAAAAAUUUUUUAAAUUGUUUGGAAUUUAAUGAAAUCAAAUAAAUCCAUAGGUUAAUAUAUGAAUUAAAUAUAUAAUAAAUUAGAAACGUAGGUAAUCAUAGAAAAUACAUUUAAAAUGUUAAGUGAAUGUUAUCUAACAUUAAAUAACUCUUGUUAGAUAAGUAAUUGAACAAAUAUCUCAUGUUUAUUAUAAUCUUAUAUAACUUAAUGUAUAUACAUAAUAAUCUGCAUAUUCAUCAGUAUAGGCCAAAAAUAAUUUAGUUUCAUUUAUUAUUUAUUGUUAUGACUAGUAAAACUUCAGGUUUUAUUUUUUUUUUUUGAUUACAUAUAAAUAAUAAAUUUCAUUAUACAUAUUUUAAAACCAAAUUAACUUAUAUAUUUAUAUGUAUUUACAUGAACAAUACUCGGAAAAAUAGAUAAUGAUGCAACUGAUAAUAUUUCAUGGGUAGAUAAGUUUAACUACAUGUUUGUUAUUUUUUAAAUGCAAGUUUUAAAAAUAAUAAUACAUUUUCAUCAACUUUGAACUGUACACAUUUUAAUUCUGUUGGAAUAUUUUUUAUAAAAUAAAGGUUCAUACUCUACACGCUUCUAAGGUUUUUAGUAAAGUAUUUAAUGUAUUACAAUUUUUAAUAAUCAACAGACUAUUAAAUAAUAUCUUAAUAGGUUAUUCAUGUUAUAAUAUUUUUGAAAAAAAAGUUAAUAGUAUGAAUAUACUCAUAAAAUAAAAUAUUUUGCAAUUUAUUACCAAUAUAAUAUGAAUUAAUUGUUUGAUAUUUAUUAUUAGGAUUAUGUUGUUUAUUUUACAUAUCAUUUUUUAUUGUGCAAUUAUAAAAUGAUAUAAAUCCAUUUAUCAGUAUAAUACAGCAUAUUCCUAGAAUAUUUUAUUAUUUAAACAUGUACAAUAAUUGUAUUAAUUUAUAUUACCUACAUUACAUUACAUUACUUAAAUGCAGUAGUUUUCAACCUGUGCAUUGCGGCUCUCAUGGACGUCAUGGUUUGGAGCCGUGUCUAUAGUAAAUAUAGUACUUACAAUAAUGCAGGAAAUUUGUUUAUUUUAAUUUUUAUUAUUAUCAUUAAUUGUAAGGGAGCUGCUAAUUUGGUUUUCAAAAUCAGGAGAUCUGUGGAUCCAAUGUGUUUGAAAACCACUGCUAUAGUGUGUAUUUUAUAACAAUGAAAUAUGCAUUUUAAAAUAUUAUAUCUACUUAAUGCAUAGAUACACAAUACACAUAGAACGUAUUAAUUUGUUUUAGUCAUCAUUAAAAAAUUAUUUGGUUCAUAUUGAACUUGAAUUGAUAUUUAGUUUAUUAAUUAAACAAAGUAAUAUUUAAAUUUAUAAAUUGUUGUUUUCUUGUUGUAGAAUCUAGAUGUUGGUGCUAUUAGUAUUUUGGUAGAUAAUUUGUUUACAGUAAUGAAAUAUAUAACAUACUUACUUGCAAUUGUGUAAAUAUUUAAUGUUUAAAUGAUGUUAUUACGAAUUAAUAAAUCACACGUUUUUAUGUACUCGUAUUUUAGAUUCAGAGCAGAGCAAGGAAUAACAAUGAUGCUUAUUUUGUAUUUUUUAACCAUGAACAACUUUUAUACUAGAAAUUUUGCUCCAAUUUUCAAGUGUAGCGCUUUCUCUGAAAGAAAAUUAGACUGGGGUGGUACAUUAGGCAGUUCAUUUUUUAACUUUCCCAGGAGUUUUUAUAAUAAAUAGAGAAAAACGGGAAAAUGUAUGAUAUGUAUUAUUUGCAAAUCAUAAAUAUUAUGGUCUUUCAAAACAUGUUUAACCAAACUCCGCUCUGAAUCUUUCUUUUUUAGCAAUGAUUAAUCGUUGUGUACAGAUAAACAUUAAAUUUCCUCUCUAUCUUCCCAACUUUUCAUCUACAAAAGUGAUUCACUUAUCUUGUGAAAUAUGUUUGUUUUUAUAAGAUGUAGGUAUGCACAAUUUAGUAUAAACAUUAUUAAUAAACCAUUGUUUAAAGAACUAAGAUAAAAAACUUUUGUUUGUACAUACAUAUCAGUUUAACUUAUUGUUCUUUAACAAAUUUAUUUUAGAUUUAAUUAAAUGGGUAUUUGAUAUAUAUAUUAAUCUAAUUUUAAACCUAUAAUUUUGUAUUUCCUAAAAAAUUAUAGGUGUAUAAUAUAAUUAUUAAUUAGAAAUGACCACGAAUAUUUAAAUAUUCUAUAUAAAUCUAAAUUUUUUAUUUUCAAGAUAUUAAUUUCACUGUGUCCAUGCAAUCAUCAGAAUAUUGAGUAAAGGUGAUUUUAUUUCUCAUAAAAGUUUGAAUAUUAUCUAAAAGUAUAGACAUUUUUUAUAAUGGAAAAAGAAAGGUAAUAAUUUAAAAACUUAUGAACUUUACUAAUUAAAUUAUAUAUUAAUUCGCUAAUUUGAUUUAUAGUUUAAAAUUAAACAAACUAACAGUCAAAAAUAAAACUGAAGAAGAAGAAAUUCAGCAUGAAAAUCAAUUGAAUUUUAACUGGAUUGAGGUAUUCUAAAUUGUUUUAUUAUAAUUUAAUUUUAUAAUUAGUUAAAAUGUGGACCUAUUUCACACUUUUCCUUCCAUCAAUAUUUACUGAUAUCAAAAGAGAAUGGAAAUAAUUAAUCGUAGAACAAACAACUUCUUGCUACAUCUAAAAAUAAAAUAAAAUAUUUAUUUAAAGUUUUACUUAAUAUUUUUAUUUCUACCAAAACUGUAUUAUGAAACAUAAAUCUUAAAAUAAAAAUCUUAUUGUCUUUAUUAAUAUUGUAAUGGGUUUAAUUAGUAAAUCCUUGUGGAACUCUAUGUUUAUUUUGUAGUCUAAAGUAGAAGUUCUCAAACUUUUUUUCUCGUAUCACAUAUAUGUGUUAUGGAUCUGUCAAUUACUACUUAUGACUAAAAACUGAACUAUUCAUAAUUUGUUUGUUCCCCGACAACCUAAAUUAUCAAUCGGAUGAUUACUAAACAGAUUGCUUCUCAAUGCAUCGGAUGAUCAAUCUACAAAUUAAAUGGUGCACUUUUCGAUGAAAAUAUGUUAUCAUAGUUAUAUGGUAUUAUCACCCUUUAGCUAUACCGUUUUUUUUUUUUUCUGUUUCACAUUAAUCGCUCAUGUUCAUUGUUUCGUGUUUAUUUAUUGAAUUAUUUUAGAUUCUGAGUGUAGUGAAGAAUAUAUUGGUUUACAAAGAUUUUUUAUUUUUUGUACUACAAUUUCUAUUAGCAAUCUUGCUUCAAUAUGUAAGUGUGACACCUUUUCUAAGGUGUCACAGUCAUUUUUUGAUUUUCCUUCUGGUUUCCAUAAUAUCUGAGAAAACCCAGGAUAAGAUAUAAGAAAAACGGGUAAAUUUACGAAAAUAAUGCUUUUAUUUAUUAUUUUCAAUUUUGUUUUUUGUUGUAAUUCGCUUAAACAUAUUUGUAGAGACUUGAAAUUUGGACAGACAACUUAUAUUUGCCUUUUCUAUACAUGAUAAAACUGUAAACAUUUUUGAGCCAUUUAUAGGCAUUUCAAUUUUGUGAGUAAUUUUUAUUUGGUAGGUGGUCUGUAGAUAAAAUUGUUAGAAAUUGUUAAAAUCGUUUUUUAAAGAAAAAAAUUAAGUAUAUAUCUUCUUCUCCUUUGUUUUCAUCACAACUAUUUGAGUUGGCUACUCUUAUUUUAAAUUUCCACUUGAUUUGAUGUCCCACCUUGCAUACACCGUUUGUUCUGCAUCCAACCACAUCCUUUUUUGCUUUUCCACUCCACCUUUUUUCUCCGACAUUUAUUUUCAUUAUAAUUUUUAUUGAACCAGAUUCCUCCUUAUUACAUACCCAAACAGUCUUGGUCUAUUUUCUCUAAUUUUACCGACUAAUGUAGCCACGUCUAAGCUACAUAUACUUAUUUCUUUGAGUAUUCCUAUCCUACCCUCUUUCAUCGUUUAAAAAAUUAAGUUUAUAUAUAUAUAUAUAUAUAUAUAUAUAUAUUAUGAUCAAUUUUUUUUAAAUAAAAAAUAUUAAUUAUAAUAAUUACUUUAGUCUACAUAAAUGUAAAUUAACAGAUUUUGACUAUUUUUUUUAUUAAAUUGUAUUUAGUUUUUAGCAUGUUUGUCUGUUGCCACUACUAACUUGCAUACAGGAUGUGCUCUGGGAUUUUCUGCUAUACUUUUACCACAACUUGAAAACAUUGACGAAGUUGGUCAAUUAAGUAAAUCUCAACAUUCAUGGAUUGGUAAGUGUUUUUGUUUUAAGUUUUACAUUAAUUAAUACUCUAUUUAAGGUAAAAUUGAACUGCAUUUGCGCAUACAGACUGAGCUGUUAAGUAAAUCUUUACCCCUUAGUCAGUAGUGUAAUAAAUAAUAAUUUAAAUAAUUACAUUGCUGUGUUAUUUACAUUCAUGGGUGUCCGCAGGAACAUUAACAGGGAGGUACAUAAUAAAAUAAAACACCAAAAAGUACUUAAAAUAAAGUUAUGUUUGAAAUUUUGAAGUUUGGAGGAGGGCCCACUUCUUGCCCCCCUCUGGGUGUCCAUGUUUACAUUAUUUAAACAAAAAUGUAACAUAAUAUAAUUUAAGUUAAUAAAGAUUUCUAUUUAUUUAAGUUUAAACGUGUUUAAAAGCCAUUAAAAAUCUAUUUUUGUGUGUGGGGCUUGUUUCGUAUCUUUGAUCUUUAAAAUUCAGUUUUACGGAAAAUGUUUUAGGCCCAACAAAUACUAUUUGGAAUUGUGUUUACAUCUUAUGUAGUCAUUUUUGUUUUAGUCAACUAAAAAUAAUUUGUUAUGUAUACGCACAUAUUAAUUAUUCAAGACAAUAUUUUAGUUGCCAAAAUGUCAUCUGAUGAAGAGGCUGUAAUUUCUAUGUGGUAUUCAUUUUCUUGUACAAUUUGUCUUGAUCAUCCUGUGAUCUUUAUUAUUAAAAUUGUAAAUUGAUUACCUUUUUUUUUCUUUCAAUUUUUUUAAAAUUUCACCAUUACAAACCAUUGUAAUAAUAAUAAUAUAAUCAUUAAUAAUACAAUUAUUAUACAGUAGAACCCCUCUUGUCUGCCCUUGGCUGGUCCACCACUCCAGUUGAUCUGACCAUAGUAUUAUCAUAAGUAAAGAAACUGAUAUUUUUUAUAUAUUGUUUGCAACAUAAUUUUCUAUGUUCUAUUUUCAACAAAACUGUCUUAGACUGAUUAACACUACUUAAUGAAGUUUUGCUCUUUUGGUGUGUGUUUGGCCUAAACAAUUAUAAAGGUGAAGAAAUGGUGAUCUAUAAUAAAAUAAAUUAAAAUAGUUAAUUACUGUAAAAUGUAUUAAUAAGUGAUAUAAAAUUAAUUAUAUACUAUUUUAAUAUUAGUAAUGAUGAUACAUUUCUUAUAUACAGAGUGUCCCACGAUGAUCUACUUUAUUCAAUAACCUUUGUUCUAUUCAAUAUUUUUGACAUAUUUUUUUUUAAAAUAAUUAUUAUGUCUGCGUUACAGUUUAUAUAUGAACAAUUUUUUAUAGGGAGGACUUUAUUAAUUUUUACAUCGGUCUCACACUAAUACCAAUUUUGUACGACUACUCAUGAACCUUACCAUGACGUUGAUAAUGUAAUUAGCGCUCUUACAUUAAACUAGAUUUUUUCGUGUGAUCACGUGUGUUCAGCUGCAGCUCGAUCCCAGUUGGUUCAUAUUUUUGUCUGUAGAUCGUACAACUUUGUACAUUGAAUAUAGGUGAACAUAUUUAAACUCAUACGAAAGCAGUCAAAGAAUUUCUCAGGAUUUAUUUUUAAAUCAUCCGUUAAAUGGCAAAACUCGCCAUUUACUUAACCAAACUGCUCUUCUCUUUUCUGGAAUUUUCUUUUCUGAUUAACCCAUUCUGUUCUCCUUAAGCGUCUUCUUCUUGGCCAUAUCAACAAACUACUAUUACUACUUUCAACCAAGUAAAACAACUUAUUCAUCUUAUUGAAAUUAUUGUUAAGGAAAAAUAUGAAAAUAUGAAAUAGGUGCUUGGGUAUUUAAAAUAUAAAAUCAAAUAAGACAUCUGCAGUCGAUGUUUCUGACAAGUAUACAUGCGACAGUAAAUAAAAUCAAGCCAUAUAUAGUUGGCAGUUGUACAUAGUUGGCCGUAGUGUGAGACCGGCCUUGGUAUCAAAUAUAUGAUGUAAUGUUGGAUAUUGAACAUAUUAUUAAUCCUUGUAGAUACUGUAAUUUUAAAUUAUGACAGUGGUUUAUAUCAACUUAUUAUUUAAAUAAAUAUUUUUCAUAAACUUAGUAUAAAUUAAAUUUUAAGACUCCUAUAUAUAACUUUUCAGAUAUUCUUAUGUUUGCAUAUAGCUAGCAGUAUUUCAAUUGCCGCCCCAUUUGGUUGCCUCUUUAUAGCUUUUACACUGGAUAGAAUCGGUCGUAUAUGUACAUUUAAAAUCUCUCUAUGGCCAUGUGCUAUUGGAUGGCUAUUAAUCGCAGUUGCUUACUGUCCACAUAUGAUCAUCAUUGGACGGUUAUUGAAUGGAUUUGCAAUGUGUAUGAUAAAUAUUUAAUUAAAUGUUUCAAAAAUCAAACACCGUAAUAAUUGUUACAAUAUUUAUUUUUUUCUUUAGCUAUUGGAACGAAUUCAGCCAACGUUUACAUGGCAGAAAUUUCCAAUCCAAAACUUAGAGGUUUCAUGAUGUCAAUAGGUUCUAUAAUACUAUCAUUUGGUAAGUUUAAUAGUUAUAAUAUUUAAUAUUUUUAAUUGUUAAAAAUGUAUAGAACAAUAUUUGCAACAGGUUCUAAUCUAUUAAGAGAAAACUACACAUGCAUUUGUUGUCUCUGUGUUGUAAAGGUUGUGUAGUGUCCCAAUUGAAAAUAUGUAUGUAUGUUUGUGGAACACUAUAUGUGUUUCUAGCUAUUGCAUACUAAAAUAAUUGUGGUUAUUUUUUUUUAAUAUUUAUUAAAUUUAUUAUCUAUUUUUUUAAUUAUAUAUUUUGGUUUUGUUACAGAAUUUAUUAUUCCAAUUAUACAAUGUUUAUAACUUAUGUUUUCAAGUAUAAUUAAUUCUUAAUCAGUUACUUAAAUGUUUCCAGGAAUAUUAUUAAUGUAUGCUACUGGUUUGUUUUUUCAUUGGCGUGUUGUUGCAUGGAUAUCAUUCAUUGGAGCAAUUUUGCCAAUUUUCAUGACUGCCAUUUGGACACCUGAAAGUCCUCUAUGGUUAAUUUAUAAAGGACAAGAUGCUAAAGCUUUAAAAUCAUUAAAAUUUUUAAAAAAUUCUAAAUACGUGAGUUUUUUUGUAUAAAAAUUAUUUUUAAUUAUUGAAUAUUAUUUAAGGGUUAAUUUAUAUAAUGUGAUUACAUUAUUCAUAGAUAAUUGAUGAUUUUUAUAGGGUUUAGAUGCACAAACAAGUUUUAAUGAGAUGAAGAUGAUCAAAGAAAAAAAAGAUUUAUUGAUUAAUAAAGAUUUAGAAAAUGUGAGUGUAUUCCAGUGUAUUGCUUGGCAGUUAUCUAAACCAACUGUUUUCAAACCGGCACUUCUGAUGAUUAUAUUUUUUGCAUUGCAACAAUUCACUGGAAUUUAUACAUUUCAAUUUCACGCUGUUAAAAUGUUACAGGUACAAUCAAUUAUUAUUCUUAUUAUUUCCUAUGUGUUUAUAUUAUUGUAUGUGUUUCUUAACCAUUGUUUCAUAAGGAAGUUACACAUGGAAUAAAUAUAAAACUUGCCACUUUAGCAUUUGGUACCUUCAGGUUCAUUUUAAGUUUUGUAGCAACAGGAGUUGUACAUAAGUAUGGUAGACGUCCAUUAUGUAUCUUAAGUGGUAUUGUUAUGGGAAUUACUUUGUUUAUUUCUGGAUUAUGUUUUCACUACAGAACUUCAGGUAAUAAUUAUUGAAAAAUGUCAAAUGAAACUUAUAAGCAUAAAUAUAAAUUAUAUACAAUUUAAGUAAAAAUUAGGUAAUUUUGAAUUAAGAAAGAAUGGUAAAAAUAUUUGAAACAUUAUAAUUUUUGGAAACUUAUUACUUGUAUUAAUUAAUUAAUUUUUUUCUUUAAACUAUGGUGUUUUGAUGUUUAUAUUUUAUGGGAAUACAAUGACUACCUAAUUUUGUCAAAUUCAGUUUAAUGUAUGUGAUUAAUAAAUUAAGUGUAAAAAUAUCAGUCAUAAGAUACAUUUUUAAAAAGGCUAUCUCAGAUAAAUUUAAGUUAUUAAUAAGUAGCAGCACUUAUUUUUAUUGGUCAAGUAGUUGUAUAAAGUUUCCAAGUUAUUCAUAUUAAUUAUGUGGCCCUAACAAAAAAUUCAACAAAAAAAAUAAAUCAUGCACAACUAAUCAAAACCCACUAAAUUUGAAAAAGCUUGUGUUAUGGUGUGUUAUACAAAUAUUUAGCCUUUCAAUUCGAAGAGGCAUGCUUUAUUGUAAGCUUUUUUUGUUUAACUUGUGUGAAUUGGCAUAUGUCUCUAAUACAUGUUAAAGUACAUGAACAUGUCUAUAAAUUUAUACCAUUGUUAUUAAUUCUUAUUGAGUUAGUGGAAUGAUAAUUCAGUUUUAUAACAAACUAAAAUAUUUUUUCUAAAUGAAAAUACGAUUUUUAUAGUUUAAUAUUCGGAAUACAGAUAAUAAUUCCAGUUGUCUGGCUGUAUUAAUAUUUAAGCUUGUAUUUAAGUAUUAGAUACAAAUUGAAUACAUAACUAUAUUGCUGUGAGCAGAAAAAUAUAGUAUAUUAAUUAAUAACAGUUAAUUUUAUUUAUGAAACAGCAAUUUAUAAACAUAGUAUUGUAAUUUUUUUUCAUUUAUUUAAAAAAUGAUUUGUAUUACAAUCAAUACGGCGAGUACAAUAAACCAUAGAGAUUAUAUGAUUUGGCAGAAACUGAAUUAAGAAGGUACUCGGUUUUUUACCGGGCAUAGCCAGUUUUCCACUUCCCAGCUAGUCUACUAUUUCACUUUUCUGCCAAAUGAAAAAAUUUAGUUUAAUAUUCGAAUAUUAAUGGACAAUUGUAUACAUUACAAUCAUUAAUUAUACAAAUAAACAAAUUAGAAAUUAGUAAGUUUUUCUAUUUAUGUAUGAUAACAAUUUUGUUUAUUAGUUAUUGAAUACUAGGUAAAAAUAGUUAAUUCUCAUAACGAUUUUGUUCUUACCACAAUUUUUACUCAUAAAAUAUCAAAAACAAUAAUUUUUUUUUUUAAUUAUAAUACUUAUAUGAGUUUAAACUUAUUAUUGUUAUUAUUAUUAUUAUUCUGUCGUAAUAUAUCAUAACACCAAAUAAAAAUACAUUUAUGUCUGACUAUAGUAUUUUUCCAACGAUAUUGGUUAAGUUGCAAAUCUUGCUUGUUGUUACAGUUGUACAAAUAUAUUGUAUAUAUGUACGAAACUAACCCAUACAACAAAGUCUAGUCUAUAUCAAAUCACAUUGUCUACAGUGAUAUAUAUAUAUCGUUCAUAAUAAAAUAAUAAUAAUAAUUUAUGAUACAAUCAUCCAUUAAUAUUCGAAUAUUAAACAAAAAUGUUUCAUUUGGCAAAAAGGGAUUCGUCCAAUUUUAUCAUUUUGUGGAAACAUGAAUCAGUAGAAUAGGAAAAAGUACAUUUUUUGGCGGAAAUCAGGUAACUACUGAUUUUACCACUCAAUAGACUAGAUUAAUAAAUCUCUAGGGCAGAUCUGUUUGUUAUGUCUCAGGGGGUUUCAGAAUUUAAAUGGGAGGAUAAAAGCGAGGGUUUUGAUGAUGGAUUAAUUUUGAAGGAAAUGAAAAUUGGUGUGAUUUGAUUAGUUCAGUAUAUGUUAAAGUAUUGUUAGAUGAUAAUAAUUACAUAUAUUUUAAAUUAUGUACUUGCUAAUUUUUGAUAAAUGAUAAUAGUUUGAUUAAACAUUUUAAUCAAAUUAAUUUUAUUGCAGGUUAUGCAAAUUUAAUGAUCACGUGGACACCGUUGAUAUGUAUGCUGCUAUACAUUUCGGCUGGCUCUAUUGGAAUAAUGUUAAUACCAUGGAUAAUGCCUAGUGAGAUGUUCCCAACAGAAGUCAAAGGAUUACUUAUAGGACCAAUAAUGGGUUGGUGUAAUACUAUCAUGUUUGUAGCAGUGCAUUUUUAUGACGACUUUAAAAGGAUAUUAGGCGGUAUGCUAGGUAUUUUGUGGCUUUAUAGUUUUAUAUCCAUAUUGACAGUAUUGUUUGUGUGGAUAUUUAUUCCGGAGACACACAUUAUGAAAUUAUCUGAAAUUGAAGAUUACUUUAAAGACAAUACUGUGUACUUGUUAAGAAAGAAGAAGAUUGUAAAAAAAGAACAAUUGAUUGUAUGAUUAUUGAUUAAUAUUAAUUAUAUACCUAUGCAUAUAAUAUUUGUUUUAUAUUAAGGUAUUAUGUAAUCAUUUUGCACAAAAUGACUGAUUUUUUUUUUUGUUAUAUUGAUUAUUUAAAAUUGUUUAAUUAAUAUUUACUCUCGUUAACUUUUUAAUAUUGAUUUUUGUACUAAGUUAUAAAAGAAAUAUGAAUC